AUGGAAAAGGAUAUAUACUGCGCCAUCUGCGGUGUUGGCUUCGGGGGCUUCCAGAUUGGGUCCCGGGCGCCGGAAGCACUUGAGCAGCGAGACCGGUUCGUGGAAAACAGACGGCGGGCGCUCAAGCGGGACCUUCCGUUUCCUUCACCCUGGGAUAAGGACAGGAAGACUGAGAGUGAAGAAUCGGAUGAAAAUGAUGACGAGGUUGAUGUUGCCGUUAAUCACAAUGAGCAGGGCGAGAUAGAAGCGGGAAAUGUCGACGGCGAUGAACAGCCGAAUCGCGACAGGGAGAAUGACAUGCAAGUGGAAAAUGAAGAGCAAAACGUCGUAAAUGACGAGCUGAAUCACGAGAUCACUAGAGAAGGCGAAAACCGGGACAGUGCCAUCCAAGGCCUGGGGCAGAGCGAAGUCCCUCCAGAGGUCGACGUCGAUCAAGAAGAGGCGGCGCAAACCGAUGGCGAGACCGGCGAGGAAGAGUCAGAGGAAGAAUCAGAGGAAGACGACGACCCCGAGGAAAACGGCCCAGAGGGUUACGAUCCACGCUUGGUGGACCCAGAUUCCUUUGACUGGCUCCAUCGUGUACAUUGUCUCGGAUACAAUCGGCAUGCAACCGGCGAGAGGAAGACCUUCGUGAUCGGGCCUGGCGAAUAUCUUCGCGGUGAUGAUAUCGAAAUCCACCGUGGAAAGGACAGAGUCUGGGUCACAGCUUUCAUUGCUGUGCUCUGUAUAAUCACACUGUCCAACUGGGACCUCAAAGCCAGUGCGUUGUCGGGAAUUCCGGUGUUAGGACUGCUGAUCGUUUACCUUGCUUUGACGCCCAGGUCUGGCAAGCGCGCUGGAUACCGUAGGCCCAUUGAUGAUGGGCGUAUCAUACGUCCGCUUGCAUUCCGUGUGGUGGUCACUCUCUUGGCUGCACUCGGCUUGGAAAUUGUGGCAUACGGGCCGCCAAGGAUCAGUGUUGUGGACACCAUCUUGGUAGGAGUCGCUAAAUCGUUGAUGUGGCAUUUCCUUCUUCUGACAUGCAAGGUUGAGCGUUGUUCCUGGUCAGUGGCUGCGGCGAUAGGAACAUUUAGCAUUGUGGCCACCAGGAAUCCAUUCAGCUUCACCUCGGAUAUUCAGGCGUUAUCCCAUCUUAUCGCAUCAUUAUUUGCCCUAGGGCAGGUUAUCUCCCUUCUACCGGAUAAAGCCAAAUCCAGAUCUGCCCUCUGGAUAUGCGUUGUUGUCUAUUUAGUCCCAUACCUGACCAACAUCUACGCCAUACACGUUGCAAAGUCUUCAUUGAUACAGUCCUCACAUCCGAUUGACCUACUCAUUCAAAAUGCCAAAGCAGAUUUUCAAGCCUUGCUCGAAAGACAGUCAAACAGUUAUAGCGCUGCCUGUGAGGAAUAUCGCUGCCGCUAUCGGAUGGAACCACCGCCCGGCUUUCAAACCUGGUACAAUUUCGCCAAAGCACAUCGAUCACCCAUCAUCGAUGACUUCGAUAUCAUUUAUGAUAGGAUCUCCCCAUUCUGGAGAAUUAGCGGGAGCGAGUUUACUGAAGCCAUCAACCGUUUACAAGAUACCCCGAACAGUGAUGUAUGGGUUUGUACGUUCUCGGCUGAAGCCACAACGAAUUGUAACCACCCUUACCGCAGCGUCGAUAGAAAUAUCCAAGGAUUCCUUAACACAGUACUAGCAGAUCUGCGCGGCCUUCUACCGGAUAUCAAAUUUCAUGUCAAUCACCUUGAUGAGCCUAGGGUUCUGCUACCGCCAUCUGCCUCUGAGGGGUCUGAAUCACUCAACAUAACAAGCUAUUCCAAGCGACCCGUCUGGGAUACAUUGACCAAGUCGUGUCCCUCACCGGAAAGCGAGAAAGCCGACAGACCGACGUGGGAAACGUUUGGUCUCCCGUUCGUGACUGACCGUCAGUCUACAAUGGACCUAUGCCGCCAUUCCGAGUACCGUGAAUCACACGGGCUCCUCAUCAGCCCUACAUCAUUCCCGUUGAUCGAAGGACUGGCUCCUGUACUGUCAACCGGCUCGCUGUCGACAAUGGGAGAUAUUUUGUAUCCCAGCCCUGCGUAUCUUGAGCCGGAAUUUGAAUAUGUAGAGGCCAAGGAUAUCAACUGGGACUCCAAACGCAACAAUCUUUACUGGGCCGGCUCAACAACCGGUGGAUUUGCGGUGAAUGAUGGCUGGCAAAGCUUCCAUCGACAGCGAUUUGUCAAGCUGGCACAAAACCUGGGAAACGGUCGCCAUUCCUAUCUUCGGGAAGGCAAAGGCGUGAUCAACCUUGUAAAAUCGUCCUUCCUUAACAGCAGACUAUUCGACGUUGCCUUUACCAGAGUCUUCCAGUGCGAGAAACGCUAUUGCCGAGAUCAACAAGCGCUCUUUCAAACCAAAUCAUGGGCAGACAAGGACGAAGCCUUGCAUUCACGUCUGGUGUUUGACAUCGACGGCAAUGGUAUCAGCGGGCGGUACUACAAACUGCUUGCGUCAAAGUCUGCGCCGCUCAAACAGACACUUCUGCGAGAAUGGCACGAUGACCGUCUUAUGCCAUGGGUGCAUUACAUUCCAGUCAGCCAGAGCAUGGAGGAACUGCCCGAAAUGGUCACGUAUCUCACCUCUGAGGCCGGGCAGGAACGAGCCCGGGAGAUUGCGGAGCAGGGUCGGGACUGGUUCUCAAAGGCCUUUCGUAAGGAAGAUCUGACUAUCUAUUUGUAUCGGCUUUUCCUAGAGCUGGCGAGACUCCAGGAUCCAGAGAGGUCUGCAAAGACCUAG